CCUGUUCUUUUUUCCUUUUUCUAUAUGGACUAUUCAAAAUAUAACUUCGCUGAACAGGCACAGAUCAAUGCCAUGAUGGAACAGAGACAAAUGAAUGAUUUUGUCAAUAUGUUUACAGGCCUUGUUGAUCGAUGCUUCAAACAAUGUGCUAAUGACUUUACAACAAAGGCUGUCACAGGAAGAGAAGCUGCCUGUGUCAACAAAUGUGCUGAGCGAUUUUUAAAGCACUCUGAAUUAGUGAGCAAGCGCUUUGGCGAAAUUAGUCAACAACAGUCUGCUUUUAUUGAUGUUCUUAACCAAUCUAUCAACCCUUCUUCUUUAUAGACUACCUCUUCACUUGCAUCAUUGUAAAUA